AUCCGAGCGCGCAGAGACGCAGGGUAGAGAGUCGGAUCGGCGCGGUCGGUGCGCGGACGCGUCAGGUGCGCACAGGAGAGAGAGAGAGACUCCAGACUGGAGACUCCAGACUGGAGGACGAGGGAGCCUUGGGGGGUUUGUUGUUUUGUUUUGUUUUUUACCGGUGAGAGGGUUUAAGCAUAAAACAAAAGGAUUCCCUAGAAAAAGAGCUUGAGAUUAAAGAUACAGGCAAUUUGCGCAGGAGCGCAAAUGGAGACGCACCGGACCGCAGACCCCUGCUCUGACAACCCCAGUGUCAUGAAGCGGCAGCGGCGCGCAGACCUCCCAUAGGGUCAACGUUUCACGUUCAUCUUAAAAUAAGAAGGGGGGAGUGGGGGGGGGGAGGAACAACCAUGAACUUAUCGGAGUCUCUUUGGCUCCCGGAGGAGUCGUGGAACGUGAGCGCGCCGGCGGCGGAGGAGGAGGAGGACCAGAAACUUUUGUUCGGCAUCGGGACGGAUAAUUUCAUCACGCUGCUGGUCUUCGGGCUCAUCUUCACGCUGGGCGUGCUGGGCAACUCCAUGGUGAUCACGGUGCUGGCGCGCAGCAAGCCGGGCAAGCCGCGCAGCACCACCAACAUCUUCAUCCUCAACCUGAGCAUCGCGGACCUCUCCUACCUGCUCUUCUGCAUCCCCUUCCAGUCCACCAUCUACAUGAUGCCCACCUGGGUGCUGGGCGCGUUCAUCUGCAAGUUCAUCCACUACUUCUUCACCGUGUCCAUGCUGGUGAGCAUCUUCACGCUGUCCGCCAUGUCCGUGGACCGAUACAUCGCCAUCGUGCACUCCAGAAAGUCCUCCUCCAUCCGCGUGGCGCGCCACGCGCUCGCCGGAGUGGUGCUGAUCUGGCUCCUCUCCCUGGCCAUGGCGGCGCCCGUCAUGUACUACCAGAACAUCUUCCGCAGGGACAAUCACACCUUCUGCUGGGAAUGGUGGCCGGACCAGAACCAGAAGAAGGUCUACGUGGUGUGCACGUUCGUUUUCGGUUACGUGCUGCCCCUGCUGCUGAUUUCCUUCUGCUAUGCAAAGGUUUUAAUCCACUUGCACAAAAAGCUAAGAAAUAUGUCCAAAAAGUCAGAGGCGUCCAAGAAAAAGACGGCUCAGACGGUGCUGGUGGUGGUGGUGGUGUUCUGCCUCUCGUGGCUCCCUCAUCACGUCGUCCACCUCUGGGUGGAGUUCGGCACCUUCCCGCUGAACCAGGCCUCCUUCGUGCUGCGCGUGGCCGCCCACUGCCUGGCGUACAGCAACUCGUCGGUCAACCCGGUCAUCUACGCCUUCCUGUCGGAGAACUUCCGGAAGGCCUACAAGCAGGUGUUCAAGUGCCAGAUCGGCGCCAGCGACUCGCCGCUCAACGACAUCAAGGAGAUCCGCAGCAAGGCGGACACGCCGCCCUCGACCAACUGCACCAACGUCUGAGCGGCGCGGUGCGAGGGGGGAGGAUGAAUUCGGGGGGGGGGCACCUGUCGGC